UCUCUACGUUGCACAGGCUUCAUUAUGUGUAUUGUUGAGAUGUCUGCAGAGCUGAAAAGUUUUCAAGAGUUUAUUUGCAAGUAGUCAGUUUCAAUGAUGCAAAAGUACAGCCUGCACAACAUACAGAAAAGCUGGAAACUGAUUCUAUUCCUGGUUUUGAUUGGACAGUCUGUCUGCCUCUGAUUGGGUAAUGCAGUCUCUAGACUUGGCUGUUCUACAGAUAACAUUAUGUAAACAGGGGAGAGACUAACAGCAAGCUCACUUCAGUUCAUAUAUAUAUUUUAGCCAAGCCUGCAGCAGGUAUUACUUGCUCUGUGGAUUCUGCAUUCCAAACUAAAAGAGCUGAAUCAGGAACUUAAUCUCACAGCUUCUCACCAGAUCUAAAAUGGCUAAUGAAGCAAACCCUUGUCCAUGUGAACUUGGUGACAAGCUUGAAUAUGGAGGCCAGGGACAGGAGAUACAAAUAGAUCACAUCAAGGCCUAUAUCUCCAAACCUCAGAGCAGCACUGACAAAGCAGUGAUUGUGGUUCAGGAUAUAUUCGGUUGGGACCUUCCUAACACAAGAUUUAUGGCUGAUCUGCUUGCAACUCAUGGAUACAUAGCUGUAUUGCCAGAUUUGUUUGUGGGACAAGAACCUUGGAAUCCAGCAAAUGAUUACUCGCGUAUUCACGAGUGGUUAAAAACCCGUCCAGCAACAAAAGUGGAUAAAGAGGCUGAUGUUGUUCUCAAAUAUCUAAAAGAAAAAUGCCAUGUAACAAAGAUUGGCGUCAUUGGCUUCUGCUGGGGUGGAAUCGUAACUCAUUACCUGAUGUUAAAGUAUCCUGAAUUAAAAGCUGGUGUGUCCUUUUAUGGCAUUAUACGUGACGCUGAUGACCGGUACGAUCUGUUAAAUCCAACAUUUUUCGUUUUUGCUGAAAAUGACCACGUUAUUCCUCUUGAACAGGUAGCCAUACUGGAACAAAAGCUAAAAGAACACGCCAAGGUUGAUUACAGAGUGGAAAUCUUUCCGAAGCAGACCCACGGAUUUGUACACAGGAAAAAUGAAAAUAUUAAUCCUGAAGAUAAACCGUCUAUAGAAAAGGCAAGAAGAGAAAUGAUAGAAUGGUUACACAAAUACAUCAAUUAACAGUGAAUUUUAAUUAGGCUGACCAUAUUGCCGCUUUAAGAAGGAACACAUAUGAAAAAUACAUAUGUGAGGGUUCUUAUACAAAACCAUUUCUUUAAACAGCCCUGACAUAUGUAUUUUUCAUAUGUGUCCCUUUUUAAAGCGGCAAUAUGGUCAGCCUAAUUUUAAUACAUUUAAUAAAUCCAUGAGUUCAUAGAACAAAAAUUUGUUUGCAGCAACAACAAAAAAAAAAUUUAAAAAAAAUUGUCACUUUUCUUUGUGAUUUAUUUUCUUAAAAAUAUUUUUAAGUGCUUGGCAUACACAUAUUGCUUUUCUAACAAUUAAAAAAGCUUAUACCUCAGAACGAAAUAAAAAACAGAAGGUCCAUGGAAACUUAUGUAUUACAUAAAAAUUCUUGGUUUUGUUCUUAUACUUCAUAUGUGAACACUUUCAUUAUGAUUGUAAUCCUAUUUGUAUCAAUUUACUUUUAAUUGUAUAUUGUACCUACUCAAGUUAUAAUAAAGCUGGAUUUAUAAUAAAAAAAAAAACUCACCACCCAUGGACACAUCUGCUGUCACAAUAUUGGUUUCUAUGACCGUUCCUGCUUAAUAAUCUAAAUUAUUUGUGACAUUUUACUAACAUUGUAGUAAAUCUAAUAAAUACAUAGUAUUGUUGAGCCUUUAAACCACAUUAAAAAUAAAAACUUAAUGUGUUUACUUUUA